UCUUGGGUUCUCAUGGGUCAGGCAGCAGAUGGAAGGCUACUUUGUGGCCGGUGUUUUUUUGAGUAUGUUAAUAUAUGCAUGGGAUUGUGUGGGUCUCCUCCUCCACCUCCUCCACUGGCAUUGUGCCGGUCUGGGAAUGCGUCCGUGAUUUUGUGCAGACGUGACUGGAAAACAUCUCUAGUUUCUGUGUGGGUUCAGGGUAAGACAGCGAUGUGAAGAAGAGAGAGAUUUGAGAGAGGCAAGAGAGCGAGAGAAACGGUCAGAACACCAGAGAAGUUUCAAGGAGGGAGGUUUGUUUCUGGAUUUCUACGAAACAGCCAUGGAAACUCAAUAUGACGACACUGGCGAUGAACGGCGGGAUAAAAGAGGUUGCUUCGAGUGCUGUAUUAAAUGUCUGGGCGGCGUGCCGUACGCGUCUCUGGUGGCCACCAUCCUGUGCUUCUGCGGCGUGGCGCUCUUCUGCGGCUGCGGACACGUCGCUCUGACAGGAACCCUCACCAUCCUGGAGAACCACUUCUCUAGGAUCACCACAGACCACGCCACGCUGAGCGACAUCACUAAGCACCAGCUCGAGUGUUUGAGGUCUGGAGCUGCGUUUGCUAAAACCGUUCAUUCGUCUCUCUCUCAGUUCGUGCUCCUGACCUACAUCCUGGGAAUCGCCUGGCUCGGGGUUUUCGGCUUCUCAGCGGUUCCUGUGUUCCUUUUCUACAACGUGAGGUCGACCUGCGCUGCCAUGCGCUCACCGAUGGCCAACCUGACCUCCGUCGACAGCAUCUGCGUGGAUGUGCGGCAGUACGGCAUUAUUCCGUGGAACGCAACACCGGGCAAAGCUUGCGGCUCAACGCUAGCUGAUAUCUGCAACACCAGCGAAUUCUAUCUGUCUUAUCAUCUGUUCAUCGUGGCUUGUGCCGGAGCCGGAGCCACAGUCAUUGCUCUGCUCAUCUACAUGAUGGCUACCACGUAUAACUUUGCUGUUUUGAAGUUUAAGAGUCGAGAGGACUGCUGCACUAAAUUUUAACGCAGUUGCGUGAAAGUGCCUAGAAUGAGCAGCCACUGACAAUAUGGACUAAAAUAAUCGAAGCGAAGACAAACGGGAGAAACACUUCUUUGCUUUGACAUGUAAUGUGUAAAUAUAGGCCUGUAUACGGAUGUAGCAUUUGGACGCAGGUGCAGCCCGAGUCUGCAAACAUGCACGUGUUGUUAGCCAGAAAAGCCUAAUUUGAAGCCUAACACGAAGUCUCUUUAAAGUCCUCUGAAGUAUUACGGCUAAAGGACAGACGCACGGCGCAACAGAGGAAAGUAUUUUUCCCAUUCAUUUUCUCAAUAGAGAUUCUGGAAAAUCCUGAUCCAUGCACCAAAUAAAAACCAGGUGAUUCACGAAAUACGAUUCAAAGCACUACGAUUGAAGACUAAAUAACAGGAAAACUUGCAUCUGAGCUUCAGUUCAAAUUUGUAUGAAUUAUAAACAAUUCUAAAUAUUAUAUAAGCAGUUCUU